GGUAAAAUUGGAAUCACCGUUGAUAUCCAAUGGGGUUAUCCUAAGACAAACAAGUCGGAGGAUGUAGAUGCAGCAAAACGAGCCGUGGAUUUUAGAUUGGGCUGGUUUUUACACCCACUGGUGUAUGGGUAUUACCCACCAUCCAUGAGGUCAGCAGUAGAUAGGAAAAGUACACAACAAGGUUUACCACAUUCUAGGUUACCAAAUUUUACUGCGUCCGAACAACAAUUGAUAACAGGGGCGUUUGAUUUCAUUGGUAUAAACCAAUACACAACCUAUUUAGUAGAAUAUAAGAAGUUAUCAGAUACUGUACCAGGUUAUUAUAAUGAUCAGGAUGCUGUUUUUGGUUUCGAUCCAGAAUGGCCCAAAGGUUACCCAGCCAGUGAUUUCCCAAGUGUACCAUGGGGUAUGAGGUUUGUAUUGGAACAUGUAAGAGAUACAUAUAAGAACCCAGAGGUGAUCAUCACAGAAAGUGGGUUUGUGGACAAUGGAACAAUGCAGGAUCAAAACCGAAUAGAAUGUAUCAGAAAUUACAGUAACAACGUUCUUCAAGCUAUUAAUAAUGGAUGUAACGUAAAAGGAUAUUUUGUUUGGACUCUCAUGGAUGAUUUUGAAUGGGUUGAUUAUAUAAAGAAAUUUGGCCUGUACUACGUCAAUUUCGAUGAUCCUGAACGAACCAGAUACCCACGACCAUCUGCCUUCUUCUACUCCAAAUUGAUCCAGACUAGAGGCUUUGAUAAAGAUAUUCUAAAUUUCAGAGCAUGUUACCACAAUCCCAGUGAUGUAGACAAAAUACUUUUGUGGAAAGUUCGAAGCAGCUAUAAUCUUUUAAGAAAUUUGCAAAUAUGUUUCAGGAAUUUUAGUCAUCCUAAGGGAAGAGACGAAUUUGUUUAUGGCACGUUUCCACCAGGGUUUGAAUGGGGUUUGGCUACAUCAGCUUAUCAAAUAGAGGGUGGGUGGAAUGCUGAUGGAAAAGGUCCAAGUAUUUGGGAUGUCUUCGUUCAUUCAUCUGGUAAGAUCAACCAAAAUCAAACCGGAGACGUAUCAUGUGAUAGCUACCAUCAAUAUAAAGCUGAUGUACAAUUGUUACACAAUGUUGGAGUAACUGUCUACAGGUUUUCAAUCUCGUGGCCACGGUUAAUGCCUGAUGGUACUCCUGCAAGUUUAAAUCAAGCCGGUGUAGACUAUUAUAAUAAUUUGAUUAAUGAGCUCAUCAAGUACAAUAUUAAACCUUUUGUCACUUUAUACCACUGGGAUCUACCACAAGCUCUUCAAACCAAAUAUGGUGGCUGGCUGAAUGAUUCCGUUGUAGAUGAUUUCCGAAAUUAUGCUGAUAAAUGCUUUGAACUAUUUGGAGAUCGUGUCAAGAUGUGGUUAACCCAUAAUGAACCACCAGUAACAUGUAGCAGUGGUUAUGAAUAUGGCAAUUUUGCUCCUGGAAUACAUCAACCGGGUUUUGGUGCCUAUCGGUGCUCGUAUAAUCUUAUCAAAUCUCAUGCAGCCGCUUACCAUACCUAUGAUAGUAAAUAUAGAGCUAAACAGGGAGGGCAUAUUGGAAUCACACUUAACGUUGAUUGGAUGGAACCAAUGACAGAAUCUCCAGACGACUUGUAUGCUUCUUACAGAGCAUUAGAUUUUUUGUUGGGAUGGUUUGCUAACGCCAUAUUAGAUAAUGGCGAUUACCCAGACGUUAUGAAGAUGUAUGUUGGUGAAAAGAGUCGCAGACAAGGGUACUCUCAGUCGAGACUACCAGAAUUUACUGAGCAAGAAAAACAAUAUAAUAAAGGAACUUUUGACUUUGUUGGAAUCAAUCAUUAUACAAGUAACCUAAUUUCUAAUCAUCCUAAUCCGUAUUCCAAACCAGGACUAGAAAAUGAUAAAGAUAUUAAAAGUUUCAAGGAUCUGAGUUGGCCAAGAUCAAAUUCCAAUUGGUUAGCAGUAAAUCCAUGGGGAAUGAGAAAGAUAUUAAACUAUGUUAAAACAAGAUAUAAUAAUCCACCUAUUUAUAUCACUGAGAAUGGUAUACCUGAUGAUCAAUUGGAUGAUGAACAGAGAAUUAACUACUAUCAACGUUACCUUAAUGAAGCUUUAAAGGCUGUACAAGACGGCGUUAAUUUGAAAGGUUACAUGGCGUGGAGUUUAAUGGAUAAUUUUGAAUGGGAUUUUGGAUAUAGUAUCAAGUUUGGGAUGCACCAAGUCGACUUUAAUGACCCAAACAGAGCUCGUACCCCGCGAAAGUCGGUAGCAAUGUAUACAAAGAUAAUCAAGGACAACGGCUUUCCAUUGAAAGAUAUGUCGACAUAUCCCGAAGAUAAUUUGAUACAAGGGAAAUUCCCUUCUGAUUUUAUGUUCGGGGUAUCAACAGCGGCUUAUCAGAUAGAAGGUGCUUGGAAUGUGGAUGGUAAAGGAGUGAGUAUAUGGGAUAAUUUCACCCACACACCGGGUAAAACACACGGUACUGGAGAUGUUGCUGAUGAUAGUUACUAUAAAUAUUCACAAGAUAUACAGCUACUUAAAGAUUUAGGGAUAAAAACUAUUCGAAUAUCCAUUUCCUGGACCAGAUUGUUACCAGACGGUACAAUCGAUAAUAUAAAUCAGGCCGGUAUAGAUCAUUAUAAUAAAGUUAUUAAUGAACUGAUAGCUAAUGGUAUAACACCGUUUGUAACACUUUACCACUGGGAUUUACCACAAAAACUACAAGAUGAUGGUGGAUGGUUAAACAGAACUAUUGUUCAGAGAUAUCACGACUAUGCCAACCUUUGUUUUAAGAGUUUUGGAGAUCGGGUGAAACAUUGGAUCACAUUCAAUGAACCGUUCUGUAUAUCAUAUCUUGGUUAUGAAAGUGGAGUACAUGCCCCUGGAAUAAAGAAUAAUACAGCAGUCUACAUAGCUGGACAUAAUGUACUCUUAUCACAUACAGCUGCUUACAGAUUGUUUCAAAAUAGUUAUCCUGGACAAGGUAAGGUAGGUAUCACCCUCGAUGUCCUUUGGGAGUAUCCAAAAACCAACUCAACAGAAGAUGUAGAUGCUGCAUACAGAGCUAUAGAUUUUAAAUUUGGUUGGUUCCUACAUCCUAUUGUGUAUGGGGAGUAUCCACCAUCUAUGAGGUCAGCUGUAGAUAGGAAAAGUAAACUACAAGGUUUUCCACAUUCUCGAUUACCCAAUUUUACUAUGGCUGAGCGACAAAUGAUCACAGGAGCCUAUGAUUUUAUUGGUAUCAACCACUAUACGACCAAUAUAGUAGAAUACAAGAAGUUAUCAGAUACUGUACCAGGCUAUUAUAAUGAUCAGGAUGCUGUUUUCAGUUUAGAUCCAAAAUGGCCCAAGGGUAUACCUACAAGUUAUUUCGCGACAGUACCAUGGGGUAUGAGAUAUAUAUUAGAAUAUAUCAAAGAUAUGUAUAAAAACCCAGAAGUCUACGUUACAGAAAAUGGUUUUGAUGGCUGUGGUACUAUGUUAGAUCAAGGCAGAAUAGAUUAUAUUAAAGGCUACAGUAACAAUGUUUUGCAAGCUAUUAAUAAUGGAUGUAACGUUAAAGGUUAUUUUGUUUGGACUCUUAUUGAUGAUUUUGAGUGGUUGGGUUAUAAAGACAGAUUUGGUCUGUUUUACGUCGACUUCACUGAUCCGAAUCUUUCAAGAUAUCCACGAUCUUCAGCAUUCUUCUACGCCACAUUGAUCAGAACACGGGGAUUUGAUCAGGCUGUUUUGGACUUCAGAUCAUGUAAGACUUAUAUAGUAAAUCAAUAG